AUGGCUCUUGCUCGAACAAGGAUCGACAAACUCACUCCCUGUGAACAGUGGGAAACGACACAGAUCAGCAUGGCUCUUGCUCGAACAAGGAUCGACAAACUCACUCCCUGUGAACAGUGGGAAACGACACAGAUCAGCAUGGCUCUUGCUCGAACAAGGAUCGACAAACUCACUCCCUGCGAACAGUGGGAAACGACACAGAUCAGCAUGGCUCUUGCUCGAACAAGGAUCGACAAACUCACCUCCUGCGAAUGGCAACGACAUGGAUCAGCAUGGCUCUUGCCCGAACGAGGAUUGAGGAACUCACCUCCUGCAAACGUGGGCAACGACACGGAUCAGCAUGGCUCUUGCCCGAAUGAGGAUCGACAAACUCACCUCCUGCAAACGGUGGGCAACGACACGGAUCAGCAUGGCUCUUGCCCGAACGAGGAUCGACAAACUUACUCCCUGCGAACGGUAGGCAACGACAAGGAUCAGCAUGGCUCUUGCCCAAACGAGGAUCAACGAGCUCACCUCCUGCGAACGGCAACGACUUGGAUUAGCAUGGCUCUUGCCCAAAUGAAGAUCGACACACUGAUGGACUGCGAACGGUGGAUAUUGACGAUCAACAUCGAUCGCAAAUCGAAAUGGGUCCACAGGACAAACGCUCGCAAAUAUGAAGCAGAGCAAGCAGAGAUCAAACUCAAAACGAAGGAGUUUCGAAACCAUAGACACGUGAAGACGGGGCUUAGACCAACGGAGACGGGGGCAAGAGUGAAUGUCGCAGAGGGAACGGACGUUGUUGAACGGCCGAUGAAGAAAUGGCUGCAUGCGGUGUUGAAGAAGUUAGGCUGGAAGCGGGAGGGAUAA